AUGAAUACCACUAUACUAGAUUAUUUCCACUAUCCAAAUGGGAAAACAAAAGAAUAUAGUAGACUACGAAAUUAUAUCACCUCAAAAUACGGAAACAUUACCACUUUUCUAUUAUUGCUAUUCAUAAUAUCCAUACCUAUUUACAAGUACUGCAUUAUCCACAAUUAUCAUCAUAGAUUUAAAUCCAAUAUAAUACGUUCCUUCAACCGGAAGUUGGAUCAUUAUAUUCUGCAUGAACACCAUCCAGACUGCCAAACUGCCACAUUUAAGGAUAGGUUCUUUACUUACGUAGCUCAGUUGCUCAAAUCCAUCGUGUUCAGCAUAACACUACGUUCAUCUACUAUCAUACAAUUAUUAUUCUGGAUAACAUUUUUAACCUCAUUGUCAUUGAUUGACCUUUAUAAUGGAGAUUUGAUAUUUUUGGCCAAAAGACUAGGUCGAAUUCCUGCUAAUUGUUUACCAACAAUAUUGUUCUUAACAUUACGUCCAAGUCCAUUGCCUCACACCUUAUAUUUGACAUUGAUCCCAAUACAUAAAUGGCUAUCCCGACUAAUAAUUAUUCAAAGUGUUAUGCACACCGUUUUAUACCUUGGAUAUUUUAAGAAAACCGACACGAUGAAAAAAACUUUCAAACUUGAAAAUAAUUACGGUUGGGUAGCUUUGCUAGGAUUCCUAAUUAUUAUGGUCACCUCAUUGUCCUCGAUGAGAAAACGCUGGUACAAGGUAUUCUAUUGCAUGCACUACGUAUGGACAUGGACAAUAGUUAUCUGCCUUCAGUUUCAUAUCAGACCAAGUCCAUUUACAUUUUAUACACUUGUAAAUGUUUCCAUUUUGGUUGGACAAAUUGCAUAUCGUGUAUAUUUAACUAGAGUGUCAACUAAAGGCGAAGUUAAGGUGUUUGAUGUCUCGCCAAAUUUAGCAAUGAUAGAGUUUCCAAACCUGUUGAUUGCAAAAACUGCCACUGCACCUGGGGCCCAUAUCAGACUAACUAACUACAGUUCAAGUUUCAUAGUGAGAGCAUUCAAACAGUUAAUUCCCAAUUACCAUCCAUACACAUUAGUCUCCUUCCCCACUGACAAAUAUCAGCGAUUAAUUAUCCGUAAAAGUAAUUUCAAGUUAUAUAAUAUGAGAAGAUAUAUGAUAACAGGAAGUUACGACUCACAUUUAUUGUUUAUUGGUUCAAAAUCAAGUCAGAUGUUUUCCUUGAGUAAAUUACUGGUCAACGCUAAGCGUCUAUUGAUUGUUAUUGGUGGAUCUGCUAUCUCAUUUGCGUUGCCGAUUUUAAGGGUAAUGAAUUACCAUGGUAUUCCCACUAAGAUUGUUUGGGUUAUCAAAGACUUUAGGGACGUGCUAGUGCUUAGAUAUUUUGAUGGAUUCAUUCAUGGUGACGAUUUUGAAAUAUUUAUAACCGGUGAUAGCACAAUUCAGGAACAAACAAAAACUCUUCGAAACGUAAUAAGCUGUGCUUCUAAUUUCAGCAAGAAAUCUAGAUUAUCCAGUCAUUUUGAUAUAGAACACGAUGAAACCUCUCCUUUAUUGGGUGACAACAACGAGCCACAAAUUCCUUUGAAUCUCGAAAACCAGAUAGAAAAUGUCGACAUAAGUAUGAAUAGUGAUGACGAAGAAGAAGAGGACAGCGAUUCAGACUGUACCCACAAUGGGAUAAAUCAACCCCGAUAUGAGGACUUUAACGAGGUUGAUGAUGUAUUACUCGACACUAGUGAUAAUGAAGAUGGAGGAUCUAUAAACGAGUUUGAAAUUACAGCUGAUAAUUUGAGUCCACAAAACAGCACUCUGAGAAACAUCUCUCGCAAGUCGAGUGUAAAUGAACCGUUCAUUCCCUAUUUUGAACAGUCAUCAUCUGAACAAACUAAAUCUUGGGUCCAGCAAUUUAAGCUGCUAACGAGAAGACUAAAUUUAGAGAAUAAGAUUUAUAAAGGUCGUCCUAAAUUGAAUCAUAGGUAUUACAAUUGGUGUAUCAAUGAAGGAUUCACACAGUGUUCAGGUCCUACAGAAGACGAAAAUCACAAUUUAAUUUGCUGCCGUGACUUACCACGCAAUAAAGUUGUCCAAGAGGAUUUGAAUGCAGAAAAGAUAUGGGUGAUUUCUGCAGGACCCAAACCACUUGUUGAAAAUGUUAAAUUAUGGGCCGCUGAAUACGGGUUAAAGUUUCACGAGGAAGCAUUCUAUUCAUAA